AUGACGACUAUGCGUAAAUUUACUCGGUUCCUGCAAAGGACGAGUUUUCUCAAUAAAAAUUAUUACAUGCAUGAAAGUGGGCUUGUGAGGUCGUUUCGCACGAUGGUGCAACAGCCGAAGUUGAUGAAUUUAACAAAAGCUGUCAUAGUUGGUACAUCCAUCGGUACUGUCAUAGGUGGUAUUUAUGCUUAUUACAACAUCCAGAAAAAUAAGAAAAACAUCAAUUUGGAAGGAACAGAGCGAGAAAUGAUGCUGUUGAAGUAUAUGCCGCCUAUCAAAACAUCUAGAGAAAUUGUAUCGGCAACACACAUCCCUGGGUUGAAAUUUACAUUAUUUCAAUACCAAACAUGCCCCUUUUGCUCUAAGGUCAGAACUUUCUUGGAUUACUAUGGAUUAUCUUAUGAUAUUGUAGAAGUUAAUCCAGUAUUUCGUAAAGAAAUUAGGUGGUCUUCUUAUAAAAAGGUUCCAAUUCUUUUGACUAAAGAGAAGGAUGACUAUCGAGCUUUGAAUGAUAGUUCUAUGAUAAUAUCACUUGUUGCAUCUCAUUUACAAGAUAGAUCUCAUACAAUUGAAGAUCUGACUAAAUUUUAUCCAAGCAUAGGGAUGUAUGAUGAAGAAGGCAACUUCAAAUUUGAGAUUAUAAAUAAGUAUUUUCUUAUGUUUAAUGACCAGACUCCAAAUAAAAUAGUAAUAAAGAAAACAACCGAAGAACGGAGGUGGAGGAAAUGGGCAGAUGAUGUUUUUGUACAUGUACUUUCACCAAAUGUAUACAGGACACUCAAUGAAUCCUACAAAACUUUUAGAUGGUUUUCAGUUUUCGGAAAUUGGGAGGAAUACUUUCCAACUUGGGAACGAAUACUGGUAGUGAACGUCGGUGCAAUAGCAAUGUGGAUAAUCGGAAAAAGACUUAAGAAAAGACAUCGUCUUAAAGACGACGUACGACAGUCACUGUACGACGAAGCGAACUAUUGGUUGCAAAAUAUCAACAAAAAGGGCACCACGUUUAUGGGCGGUCAUAAGCCUGAUCUAUCCGAUUUGGCGGUGUAUGGUAUCUUGAAAAGCAUCGAAGGCUGUGACGCUUUUGAAGACUUAUUAGCAAACACGAAAAUCGGUAACUGGUAUUAUGCUGUAAAAGAACAAGUUGAUACGCAUGCUGGAAGUGCGGAAUUACGCAGAUAAUGCCGUUUGUCGUGCUGUGUAUAGAGUUACUUAUUUACAUAAUAAACUAUAAGCACCGAUACGCUUGCUAGAAUUUAUAAUGUGUAUCGUGUGUCACGUACUUAAACCGCGCAAGGUAGCUGACGGAACAUGAGUCUGAAGCCCUUAUUUUGAGCGUCC